GAAUAUAAUGAUGAAUAUGUCAAUGGUUUAUAUUCCAAAGGCACAAUCCACACUGUUUUCGUUUGAGCUUCUUCGAUAAAACACAAAAUUUUCUUGUUAAGUUAAGUAAUUGUUGUGCGGCAAACGAAUUGUGGUUGAUAAAGAGUGGGCGAAAGAUUCCCUUCCAACUGAUGAUAUAGCAGUUUCUGCUAUUGAAUUGCCCGAUCCAGACCCUGAUGAUUUAAACACAGAAAAUUCCCUUAAAGCUGUUGAAAAGAAGUGGGCUGAUAUUGCAAUUAAUCGAAUUACAAUUCAAUAAUAGUAUUUCAGUAACUAUGGAGUUUCCUUCCCUGGGUAAGAGAUGCAGCAUGGAUGUGUGCCAACAAUUGGAUAUCCUUCCAAUUUGUUGUCACUUUUGUCGACAAUCAUUUUGCAAAACACAUUUUCAGCCUUUUGAUCAUUUAUGUUCAUCCAAUCAAGAUUCCUUGCCAAAACCAUCUGAUAUCCCACAUGAAAUGCAUGUAUGUUCUCUUCCCCAUUGUACUACUAAAGAAUUGAUCAACAUGCCAUGUCCAUUCUGUGAUCUACACUUCUGCCUUCACCAUCGCCACCAAGUUGAACAUAAUUGUUCUAAACUAGAGAAACCUGUAGUAAAAAUGGUUCAAACUGCUGAAUUGGUUAGACAGAUUCAGAUGAAAAAUGCAGGAAAGAAAAGUUGUAGAGGAAUGAAAUCGGAUAAACUCUCUGCCAAAGUACAGUUAAUGAAGCUUAAACAAAACUCGAUAGGUGUUAAUGAACUACCAGCUGAAGAAAGGGUAUAUUUUUUGGUCCAAACCCCUUCACAAGCUAAAAUGGGUGUUUUUGUUUCUACAUUGUGGUCUGUAGGAAAAUGUAUUGAUUACAUUGCCAGUGCAUGUAAAAUCACCAACUUCAAUAACAUCACAGGGAAACCUCAUCUUAAUUUGUUCACCUCUUCUGGUGAUUGUUUGUCGGAAAAUAUGGAUGUUACAAUUACUGAAAUGGUUGAUGGAGAAAUUGUUUUCAAUGGACAAACAGUUAUCUUGAAAUAUGUUGAUCAAUAAAUGUUCAGAUAAAUUUAUU